AUUAAAUACAAGCCCGGGGAAUAUUAGUGAAGAGAGAUUUGUGCACUCAGUGAGGAAAGCAACAACAAAGCGGCAGCAAUAAACAGGCCGCAGGCCAAAUGUAGCAAGAGAAUUGUCACGACACUUGCAGUGGCAUUGACAACUGUGCGACAACCACAGGACAAACGCAAUUAUGGCUAAUCCCUACGAACCGACCACAAUGACAGCAAUGUCAAACGCAAGCCAGGACAUAUCGGCAGCAACACCAACAACAGCGACAACAACGCUCAGUUAUACCACAGAUAGCAGCAGGAAUAACAACAGCAGCGAAUUGGAGUACAUGUCCGUUGAGGACGAGGAAAUGUUGCACAUUGCAUUCCUUAUCAGCGAUUUUGUGAACAGAUACUAUGUGCCCAUCAUCUGUUGCACGGGCAGCAUCGGCAACAUACUCUCCGUCUUUGUCUUCUUUAUGACGAAGCUGCGCAAGUUGUCAUCGAGCUUCUAUUUGGCCGCAUUGGCCAUCAGCGAUACCUGUUUCCUGUGCGGCUUAUUCAUGCAAUGGCUGAAUUUCCUCAAUGUGAACAUCUACAAUCAGAACUACUUCUGUCAGUUCUUCACAUUUAUCAGCUAUUUGGCCAGCUUCUGUUCUGUGUGGUUUGUGGUCGCCUUCACCGUGGAGCGUUUCAUAGCAGUCAUGUAUCCGCUAAAGCGUCAAAUAAUGUGCACCGUUCGACGGGCCAAAAUCGUCUUACUUGGCCUCACAUUGGCCGGCUGUGUGCAUUGUGUGCCCUACAUAUUGAUUGCCAAGCCCGUCUACAGUCCCAAGCUGAAUGAUACCAUCUGCGAUCUGAACACCUCGUAUAAGGAGCAAUUGGCUCUUUUCAACUACUGGGACUCGAUUGUUGUCUAUGCGGUUCCCUUUACAACCAUUACAGUGCUGAAUACCUGCACCGGCUGCACCGUUUGGAAAUUUGCAACUGUUCGACGCACACUGACAAUGCAUAAGAUGAAGCCACAGAUAACUAACGUACCAGCAAAUGCAACAACUGGCGGUGGGGUGGCAGCUGCCACUUAUCGCAUUUCAGCAUCGCUGAGGCGUCAAAAGUCAACUGGCACACACCCAAGCGGACAGCACAGUGUGUCAAGGCAAACCGAGCAACAACAGCAACAACAACAACAUCGACACGAUGCCAGGUCUCAACACCAUUGCGAAAUAACACAGAAAACGGGACGCCGCAAGGUGCAAAACUCGUCGCAAUUGAAGGUGACCAAAAUGCUGCUCAUUGUCUCCACGGUUUUUGUCUGCCUGAAUUUACCGAGCUGCUUGCUGCGCAUCGAAACCUAUUGGGAGACUCAAACUUCCAAAACGCAGAAUACAACAAUUGUUUUGCAGUACAUUUUCAAUGCGUUCUUCAUAACAAAUUUUGGCAUCAAUUUUGUGCUAUAUUGCGUGAGCGGACAAAAUUUUCGCAAAGCUGUGCUCAGCAUUUUCCGGCGCGUCUCUUCGGCCCAACGGGAAGGCAUCACUCAAGUGACAGUAUCCGAGUAUUGCCGCAACACGGGCACCUCGACUAGGCGCCGCAUGAUGACGCAGCAUUGCUGGAAUGAAAUGCACGAGCUGCAUCCACUAAGGUAAAGGAAAAUUGGCGUGAAAAUUACAUUCGGCGCAAAUAAAAACAAAAUGGUGUACACUUAGGAAUUCCAUUUUUUUUUAAUUAUACGGAUUGCAAAAAAAU